UGCUCAGACGCUGCUGGAAAUGCCUGGGAAGGAGCCUGGCAUUCACCCCUUUAUGAGCGAACUGCUUUGCAAAUCAAGGUUUUUGGAAACAUGAAAGUUCUUGGACUUACUUUUUGAUGAGCCGUAGUAGAGGAUGAGUCGUUUUGGACGUCUUUUGUUGGGAUUUUUUCGCCUUUGACGCUCACAAGUUUAGACUGCUAACAUCUAAUGCUACGCCGACUUUUGCUAACGUUUGAGCGCUAGCAGUAGCAUUAGCCUAGCCUGCUAGGUAAAUAUCACGAACGCCUUUCGGUGGUUCCUGCAUCUGCGUCCACUUUACCAACAAAAACUGUGCCGUUAGUUGUCUUAUUGUAUCAUCGUUUUAUGAAAUACUUAAGUACAGUUCCCUCGAGUAAGAUAAGUGGCUUUGUGUUUCAUUUCACACCAUGCUAACUGUCUAUGCUUGUAUGCUAGCUGAUAUUAGCUAACGGUGCUGAGCCAGCCAGUAACUUCAGUAGGAUAUUCGGCGAGCUAACCACGACAGUUUUGUCUUUUAGAGUUAGCCUCUGCUUCUAAAGCAGUUAGCUUGCAGUCAUGUUUGAAAUGGAGACACAUAUCUCGUGCCUUUUCCCGGAGAUCUUGGCCAUUAUUUUUAGUUAUCUGGACGUUAAAGACAAAGGGAGAGUAGCCCAAGUGUGCGCGGCCUGGCGAGACGCGUCCUACCACAAGUCCGUGUGGAGGGGGGUAGAAGCCAAGCUCCAUCUGCGGCGAGCCAACCCGUCUCUGUUCCCUAGCCUGCAGACCAGAGGGAUCAAGAAAGUUCAGAUUCUCAGCCUAAGGCGAAGUCUGAGCUACGUUAUUCAAGGGAUGCCGCACAUCGAAAGCCUUAACCUGUGUGGGUGUUUCAACCUGACAGACAACGGACUCGGACAUGCCUUUGUGCAGGACAUCCCGUCCCUGCGGGUACUGAACCUUAGCCUUUGUAAACAGAUCACUGACUCCAGCCUGGGCAGGAUUGCUCAGUACCUCAAAAACCUGGAGGUGCUUGAAUUUGGGGGGUGCAGUAAUAUCACAAACACGGGCCUGUUGCUGAUUGCAUGGGGCUUGCACAGACUGAAGAGUCUUAACCUGCGCAGCUGCAGGCAUGUAUCCGACGUGGGCAUCGGUCACCUGUCUGGUAUGACCCGUAGCGCAGCAGAGGGCUGCCUGGCCCUAGAGAAGUUAACCUUACAGGACUGCCAGAAACUCACUGACCUUUCUCUCAAACAUGUCUCCAAGGGCCUUAACAAGCUCAAAGUGCUAAACCUCAGCUUCUGUGGAGGGAUUUCUGACGCAGGCAUGAUCCAUCUUUCACACAUGACCCACCUGUGCAGCCUGAACCUACGGUCAUGUGACAACAUCAGUGACACAGGGAUAAUGCAUCUAGCCAUGGGCUCGCUCCGGCUGUCUGGACUUGAUGUCUCCUUUUGUGACAAGAUCGGAGACCAAAGCCUGGCUUACAUCGCACAGGGGCUGUAUCAGCUCAAGUCUCUCUCUCUGUGCUCCUGUCACAUCAGCGAUGAUGGCAUCAACAGGAUGGUGCGCCAGAUGCACGAACUCAGGACUCUCAACAUCGGACAGUGUGUGAGGAUCACAGACAAAGGGUUGGAGUUGAUAGCUGACCACCUGACCCAGCUGACAGGGAUUGAUCUGUAUGGAUGUACAAAGAUCACCAAGAGGGGUCUGGAGAGGAUAACGCAGCUGCCGUGCCUUAAAGUGUUAAACCUUGGACUGUGGCAGAUGACGGAGAGUGAGAGAGUGAGGUGAAAGCUCUCCUGUUGGGCUCAGUAAUGUACUAAGAGGGACUGCCUGUAUUCAUUAUUAAUUUUACCUUUUUACGCUGUGACUAAAAACAAGGCGAGGGACUCUGCAUUGAUCACUGGAAUAUUGUUGUAAUACUCCACUCUCUUAGUCACAUUAAGUUUCAGCCUUGUGCUCCUUUUCAUGUGCAUUGUUUUAUCUUAGCCUGUGUACAGUUCUUACUCUCUAGCUACCUCACCUGUCAAACACAGGAGUGCCUACUAUCGCUAAAUAAUAAAUUACUUUGCUUAUUUUUGUGACUUACAUACCAAUGGAGAUUUUGAUAUUUAUAGUCUCAUUGAAGCAAACAGGUGUUUUAACUCUUAACAGAAAGGCUGGAGUACCUUGGACUGAAAUUUUGAUAGAUUGUCUUUACGGUUGAUUUAUUUUUUACUUGUGUAACCGAUAUUUUUUUGUAUUGAAUGACUUGUUGACAAAAUUGUACUUCAAAUUGAAGUGGGUGGAUCACUCCUAUCUUUGUUUACCUGUGUAUAGUGGCUGUCGUAUUCCUAUGUAUGAAUGCUACUCCUUCAAAGGUUCAUCAACAUAGCUACUGUAAGGCGUAGUCAUUAACAGCUGCCAAGGCUAUAUGCAAUACCUUAAGAACUGUUUAUCAGUGUUUUUUCUCCUGAGGAGCUUCCAACAAUAGUGUCGGAGUAUUUGUUUAAAAAAUCAGUAAUUUAAUAUUGUUUUAUAUUCAUACAGUAGUGAUAUUUAUGAAUAAAGAUGACAGAUAUGUUUCA